UCUAGACUUUGGAGGAAGUGUCAUAUUUCCGGCAGCCCGUGAAGGCGCCGCAGACCACAUCCAUUAGCCUUCAUUACCGGACUGGAGAGGACCGAGCGGCGCCGUGAAGCGUGCACACAGAAACCGGGGCGGAUAAAAACACAGCACUUACGUUCGCUAGAUGAUGGAGGAGAGGAGUCGAGCCGUCUUGGCCGUGAUGUUUCUCCUCGCCGCGAGUCUGUCCGGCGGCGACGGGUCGGACUGCAGCCCGUCCACCACAGAGACAAACGGCGCGGUGCGUUUACUGUCGGCUGUGGUCGAUUCACAGAGAGCCGAGCAGAGCCAGAGGCAACACCUGGAGGCUCUGUUCAACAGAUAUGGAGAAAACGGGACCAUCUCUCUGGCCGGUUUAAAGCGUCUCUUACAGAACGUGGGGUUGGAUCGCAUCAGGACUGUUAUGGUGCAACAUCACGAGCAACCAGGCCACCACGAUCAUCAUCAUCAUCAUCACCACCACCACCACGAAGGUGAUCACCAACAUCACCACCAUCUGCACGACAACACGCAUCACCAGAAGCACGGCCGUGUCGAACCCUCGCAGCCCAGAAAGUUUCCAAAGACCCCCGAGGUCUCAAAAGAUCAGGACAGCCAUCACAACCUGCACGACAGGAAGGCCGUAGCAGCGGCGCAGGAGGUCGGCACCACGGCGGUGUACGGCGCCCAGCUGGCGGCGAAACCAGAGGAAGCUCAUAAGAGACAAGACAGCGGCCCGGAACAACUCAGUCCUGCAGGGGAGGAAACCACCAGGGCGUCUGCCAGACUGGUCACCGAAAGCCAGAUACACGUAGCUGCAGUCAGCCGGGGGGAUCAUCUUAACCACGAUCACAGCCACGACCACGAUCACGAUCACGCUAAUCACCACGACCACAUGAGCCAGGAUCUUCCCCGCAACCGAAGCGUGGGCAGUGCAGAGUGUCUGAACGCCUCCAGCAUCCUCUCCUCACAUGGGAUGUCUCAGGACGUGGGCGUGACCGUCGCUGACUUCAGCUUCCUCUGCCCCGCCCUCCUCAACCAGAUCGACGGCGGUGCGUGCGUCCUGCACGGAGGCGCUGCAGAACACGGGGAGAAAGACCAUAAACAUGGUCACGGUCACCAUGGUGACCACAACAACUCGGACCACGACCACAGCGAGCGCUCUGGUGGAGAAAGUGGCAAAAGCAUCACAAUAGCGUGGGUCGGCGGGUUCAUCUCCAUCACGAUCAUCAGCCUGCUGUCCCUGCUCGGCGUCGUCCUCAUCCCGCUCAUGAACAGAGUUUUCUUCAAGUUCCUCCUCAGCUUCCUGGUGGCGCUGGCCGUCGGCACGCUGAGCGGCGACGCCUUCCUUCAUCUCAUCCCGCACUCUCAGGGAGGCCACCAUCACCACCACGAGGAUUCUGGGAUUAAUUUCUCGGAGGGACAUCACCUCCACGAUGAGCGAGAGGAAAACCUGGACGCUGUGUGGAAGGGCCUGACGACUCUGAGCGGAGUCUACUUCAUGUUUCUAAUCGAACACUUCCUGACGUUGGGGAAAAUGUACAAGGACAAGAAGCAAAAGAUCCAGAAGAAGUGGGAUCAGAACGACAAUGCAGAUCCAGAGAAGCAGCCUGCUCUGGAAGAGAACGACCUGAAGCCAGCUGAAGAUGUGGAGACUAAUGGUGCCGGUAUGUUUGGCGACCACUCGAGCGGCCUGCACGGCGGCGGCGUGGCGGAGGAGGAGCAGGUGAUGCUGGCGCCGCAGGUAUCCGUCGUCUCGUCGCAGGGCUACAGCGGGGCGUCGGGGGCCGCCGCCUACACCGCCGAGGACUGCGAGAACAAAUGCCACUCCCACUUCCAUGACACGGUGGGCCGCGACAGCAUGCACCACCACCACCACGACUACCACCACAUCCUGCAUCACCACCACUCCCAGAACCACCACCCUCACAGCCACUCCCACUCCUACUCAGAGCAGCACUUCCAGCAGGCCGGCGUGGCCACGCUCGCCUGGAUGGUCAUCAUGGGAGACGGACUGCACAACUUCAGCGACGGCCUGGCUAUCGGAGCUGCCUUCACUGAGGGUCUGUCCAGCGGCCUCAGCACUUCUGUGGCUGUUUUCUGUCACGAGCUGCCCCACGAGUUAGGUGACUUUGCGGUGCUCCUGAAGGCCGGUAUGACUGUGCGUCAGGCCAUUCUCUAUAACGUGUUGUCGGCCAUGAUGGCCUACUUGGGUAUGGUGACCGGUAUCUUGAUCGGACACUACGCAGAGAACAUCUCCAUGUGGAUAUUCGCCCUCACGGCCGGACUCUUCAUGUAUGUGGCUCUGGUGGACAUGGUCCCUGAGAUGUUGCAUAACGACGCCGGGGACCACGGCUUCAGCCACUGCGGCUUCUUCCUGCUCCAGAACGCCGGCAUCCUGCUGGGCUUCUGCAUAAUGCUGCUAAUCGCCAUUUUUGAGCACAAAAUCCAGCUGGACCUGGGAUACUGAAGGAGGGGUGUUUCGUCCUGAGCUCCAUGUGCAUUCUCGUGUCUCCGUCAGAAGUGUAGUGUGUGUUUUUUAUUUGUUGUUCUAGAGUCGGUCCAGUCACCUCGGUUUAGUUGGUAUUUUCACAUGGCGUAGGAAGACGCAUCAGUUCAAACACGGUAAUGUAGGAAGUUGCCACGUUGAGCCCUCCGUCUGUUGUUGUAGCUGACGCAAGCAGGAGCUCCACAGUCAUGAGCUCCAAACUUCUGCUGCUCGAACUGAGAUCAGCUGUAAAAAUAAUAAUAAUAUUCUCCCAGUGUCGACAAACUCGUGACCCCCAAGUGGGAGAAACCAAAACUCACCACCGGAAGGCUCAUUUGAUCAGUUGUCACUUCUUAGCACUUAAUAUUUCUGAUAAAUCCAAUAAGACGUGAAAGCGGCGCGAGAAAGCUGCUGUUAUGAACCUCUGGCCUCUUUCGCCAUCACAUUUGAUUCAGUUGUUUUUACCCCAUUAUGUUUGAUUUUGUCAACAUUUGUUUUGUUUGUCUGAUGUGUGUUUCUGCUGCUGAGUCGAACCAGAUCAGAUCCGUGUUCCAGGAGAUACGAAGUGCCGUAACUGCGCCUGCUGGGUAACGGGUUACAUUUAAAAGUCCCUCCUAUAAGUAUUUGAGGUGAUGUGUCCAAAUGAGCAUCUUAUACCACAAUCUGCCGAAUUUAUCUCUGCACGCAAUAUUAUCACGAUAAUAAUGAUUUAACAUUAUCGAUUAGUCAUUGUUUGGUCUGUAAAAUGUUGGAAAAUAAUCAAAAACGUUCCGAAAACCUCAAAAUAUUCACAUUUCAGAAGCUGGAACCAGUAUAUUUUUGGAAUUUUUGCCAUAAUAAUAAUAAUAAUAAUUGUUAAUUGUUGUUGCAGAAUCAUUUUCUGUUGGUUUCAGCUAACUGGGAUCAUUUCUGAGUCAACCCAGCGCCCAGUUUGUGUAUUGGAGGUUGUGGCUUAUUGCAACACUGACGGUAAUAAAAAAACUAUUCUUUAACAUUUAUUAGUUAUGAAAAAUGACUGUAGAGGCAAGUUUGCAUUCAUCACUUUAAAAUAUUGAUUGAGGGACUUGGAAAGUGUUACCCAGUACUGUUAAGUUCUCCAUAAAGGGCAACGCACACCGAUCCCGUCUCGCAGCGUGGCGUCCCGUCGGCUCAGGCAGCGGACGCGAUCAAACUGCUGCUCUCCCAGAGUGUUAAAAAUAGGACGGUGGCGCUUUGACGACUCUGAUGUGCCAUAUAAACCUGCAGGAGGGUCUCUGCUGACCCCCAUCAGCAGAUUAAAGGUCUGUCUCAGAGCUGAACGGGACGACCAGAGUGAGGAUGUAAAGCCUGAUCCCCAACGCUACAGCAGAGAUGACACCCGCGGCGUCAUCAGGCCACGUCACCACGUCAGGAGCAGUAUUUGGUCAGGAGCAGUAUUUGGUCAGGAGCAGUAUUUGGUCAGGAGCAGUAUUUGGUCAGGAGCAGUAUUUGGUCAGGAGCAGUAUUUGGUCAGGAGCAGUAUUUGGUAAUCAGAAAUAUAAUGUUACAUGUCCUUCAACACGGACUUGCGGUGUUUUUACAAGUUACGUUUUGUAUGUUGAGUGAAGUCAGCAGGGAAUCCGUCCACUACAGGAAGCUGAUGAAGGAGAAGUGUUGAAAAUCAACACUCACCGUUGCUGUUACGCUCUGAAAGUCUGCUCACGGGUUGUGCUCUCUUUGGCAAACAGCUCCUUAAAUUACUGAAAUGUUUUGUUUUGAUAAUUAAAAAAAAAAAAAAAAAGACUCGAAUGAAAACAUUCAUAAUAGCGAAAAAGACAUUCUGAAGAUAUUUCUGAAAUGCGAUUAGCUGGGCAACAACGAGAUGGAAGCAGAUGUGUUGUUCUCUUGUGAGAAGGGCGCUGAUUUGUCAGGUGCAAAACUAAAUCCAUUUGGAAAGAGAGAGCGCGCCACAUCUUAAAAAACAAAACAAAAAAAACAACGACCGUCUCUCCGGUGAAGCUCUCUGACGUGGAAUCGUGCCGCAGCUCUUCAUAACGUUUGGAUUCAAACAGCAAUGACCCAAAGGACAAAACCGAACCUCGAUGGGUUUUAAUUCGCCUCACAGUCUCAGCACUGGGCAGAGUCGGACUGGUGGUCUCUGUGGGGAGCUGAACGGGAUCUACGUUCCUAUUUGCUCAUCUUCAGAUUACUUUUUUCACAUUUUAAAAGAAAUGUUGCAAACGCACUUAUUUAGUGAUAUUUUAUGUUUGUGAACAUUAAUAAUAAUUAAUAAUAAUUAUAAUUCCGUUGCUUUUAAUGCCGCCUGUUUUUACAGGUAAGCCCUAGACUUGAGAUUACAGUUAAGAAACUGUAUUAUUUUGGCUCGUUUACGCUUAUUGAGCUCCAAACAGCAGCAGAAGUCUUGGAAGUGGCGGUGAGGAUGUCGUAGGACAAAUCCACGACCAGCAGUCAGCAGCUGCGUGCAGACCAUCGCCCCAGACUCCCGAGGCUUACACUUGGACACGUCGGCUGUCGUUGGCGCUUGUAGCGGCCGUUUGAUCGAGCACGUUUGACGUUUUAACCGCGUAGUUUUCUCUUCUUCUGCUUCUACAGCCUGAUGACAUCAACGUUUUCCCCCCUUUUUUAUAUUCCGAGCAGCUGAAUGCGUUUAAAAAGAGGUAGUUAUACACAUUCUCAAUGGUGUAAUUUCUCUUAACAUCUGAUUUCCACUUUCUCCAAAAUAACACUCGCACCACGCAGUGGUUUGCCAGCUGUGUAGACGUAUGACAGAGUCCAACUAUUUCAUAUUUGUCUACACACGAGUGCAACGCUGUAAACAUCACGUUUCACUCCGACUUACCGUGCGAACUCCUUCCUUUUGAGCAAGCGUGGCCCUAACGUGGCCCUCGGGAGCAUCGCUGACCGGUUGGCCGCGACCUUUGACCUCUCGGUGAAAUGUCUGAAAGGGAAAAGCCAAAUGCGACGUGUGGCGUCUGUCCAACGAAGAGCUGAGAAACUCAAAGCUCUCUGACAACAAAAAGGGGGCGCUCAGCAGGCGGACUGUCAGCUGUAGUGUUUUUUUUAAACUUGUUUUUAAUUUAUUUUACUGUUUAUAGUUGAAGAGUUAAUGCGGCAGCUCGACACUGAUCGUGUUCAGAGAAAACUAAUGCUUCUGUUAAUCUUUUGUUAAAAUAUUCCUCCCGUUCAGUUUGAAUUAUCACAGCAGACAUACACAGACGUCCAUCAUGAGCUCCGUUUGAAUGCUUUUCUGCUUUUUUCUUUGUCACUUUUGUUUUUUGCUUUAUUUUUAAAAGCUGCUCUGAUGUUUAGGUCAAAUAACAAAGUUCCCUCACAGGUCAUGAACUUUUUUGAGCAUCAACUGCUCAAAAAAAAACUCAACAAAGCAAGUUCAGUCCAGGCGUGAACCUCUCCGUGUAUAUUACAUGUACAAUAUUAUACUGUGUGUAUAUAUUUAUGUACAAUACUGUACAAGUAUGUGUUUCAUUAGUUUCACUGUCGCUCGUCGGGAAGAACGUGAGUCUCAGUUACAUCGCGCUCAACGCCAACCGAAAGGAUCUCGUUCCGAGGAAACGUUAGCGUGGAAAACACGCAGGAUUGUUCUUUCAUGUUUGUGUCCAAAAGCAAAUGUAAAGUGUUUUGAAGUGAAUCGUUCAUGAAGGUGGAUUCAGUCAUAAAGACGCCUCGCACGGCUCUGCAGUGAAGCCUCGCAGCUCGAGAUGUUUAAUGAUCUGAACUCGGGAGCGUUUUUUAUUGAAAAUGUUUUUAUCGAGUUGCUGAUUUGUGUCAAACUGAAGUCCUGUCCGAAGGGAUCGUCGGGCCCGGACCAAAAAUGAUGUGACGAGUCAAGAAGAGGUCUGAAACAUCGGGACAGCGUCUGUGUCAAAGUGGAAUCACGGCAAGUUUCUAACAAAGUUAGAGUUCAAAUCAAACACAUCACACAAACGUUGCUUUAUUAUGAUUCAUUCCCAACACCAUGACGGUGGGUUUUUUCCCCCUUUAAAAGUUCUCACAAAAUAUAAUAUUUCUUCUUAAUAUGUGAAAAAUAUUUACAACACGACAUUCACUGAGGUUUAUAACCGUGUCGGAGCUCACGGCAGCUGAUCACCUUUGUCUUCUACUCUUUUGGUCCCAAACUGCAGAAAGAAACACUCCACGUUUAAACAGAGCGAAGUGAUGUCUGUCUGUCUGUCUGUUGUCACAGCUUCAACAGUGUUUUCAUGAGUUGAAUCGCUUGAAUGUCUAUUUUUUUUUUUUAAUACACAACCCCGUGAGUUACAUUUGAAAGCAGCUCAGAUCAUCAUUUUGUUAAUUUUGUAAUGUAUUUAGGUAAAUCUCUUGUAUGGCUGUCUAACAAUGCAUGUUUUUCUAAAUGCAAAAUGGUUGUAUACUUACAAAGUAGGGUAUUUUGUCACGACUACCAAAAACUGAUGUAUUUUCACCAAUUGUGAAUGUUCCAACCACCCAGCUUCAAUCAAAAGUGCACCUUCAGCAACACCGACUCGCUGCUUCAAUCACAGCUACCUGAUGCGACAGUUUCUGAUCUGAGCAGUUUCUGAGUCCGGUCAACACCUGUGACCGUCUCCACGGCGAGAGCCUUUCACCAAACUGAUAUUCUGCUGCUCUAAACGGUGUCUCGGUUAUUUUGUCCACCUGUGUAUUGACUCACUGCCUGCAGGCAGCUGCGAUGUUGACUCACUUUCCUGAACACAAAUAAACUUCCUCAGCUUCCCACAGCA